AUGUGGCAUACUGUUGGUGAAGACAUAAUUAAUAUGGUGCAGGCUUUUUUACAGUCUAAACAUAUGCUUAAACAACUCAAUCAUAAUUUUACAGCCCUCAUUCUUAAGAAAAACUGUCAUGUGUCUGCUAUUGAUUUUAGACCCAUAAGUCUGUGUAAUGUUAGCUACAAAAUAAUAUCUAAAUUUCUUUUUACUAGACUAAAGCCUAUUUUAAACAAAUUUAUCUCUCAUUUCCAGUCUGCUUUUGUCCCUGGUAGAGUGAUACAUGAUAAUAUUAUUAUGGCUCAUGAGUUGAUAGAUACCAUGAAAAAAACUAAACGUAAAAAAGGAUGGAUGGAUAUAAAAUUAGAUAUGAGUAAGGCUUUUGAUAGGAUUGAGUGCAGUUUUGUUCUUGCUAGCCUUAGAAGUUUAGGUUUCUCAGCUGACUGGUGCAAACUUAUUGAUCAGUGUAUUACUACAGUCUCCACUUCCAUUCUUCUAAAUGGAUCUCCUAGAGAAUUGUACAAACCUCAAAAAGGCCUGAGGCAAGGUGACCCAUUAUCACCUUACCUGUUUAUCCUUUGUAUGGAAUCCAUAUCAAGAGCUCUCUUUUAUGCUGAAACUAAUACCUAUAUUCAUGGAUGCACUGUUAAAAAUAUUGCUCCUCCUGUCAGUCAGUCAACUUUGACAAAUUUGGGAUUGCUUUUAGCCCAAAAGUUCCAGGAUAAAUAUCCUGGAGUUCUUUUAUUGCUUCAAAAGAACAAAGUAGAGUCCUUUACUCUUCUGUUAGAUAGAUUCAAUGACAGGUUAGUUCCUUUGCAAUCUAAGUUUGUUGCUCAACCUCAUAAAACCACGCUCACUCAAUCUGUCUUAGGAACCAUAGCCAGUCACCAUAUGGCUGUGUUCCCCAUUCCAAAGACCAUAUUGAUAGGAUGGAUGCAGCCCAAAGAAACUUUUGGUGGAAUAAAAAAACAAGGUGAAAGAGGUGUUUUCACUAAAAAAUGGAACCAUGUAUCCGUUCCUAAAGACUUGGGAGGACUAUAUAUCAGACAGUCUGCUAUCCUCAACCAAGCUCUUCUAGCUAAAUUAGCUUGGAGAAUGAUUGAAGAACCAGAUACUCCUUGGGUUGUUCUUCUCAGCCAUAAAUAUUUCAAUGGACAAAAUCCUAUUACUUAUGCUCUCUCUAGAAAUGGUUCUUGGGCGUGGAAGGGAAUUUGUGAUGGAAUUGAUAUAAUAAAGCAGUUUUAUUGUUGGCAGGUAGGUGGUGGCAGCAAUAUUUCUAUCUGGAAGGACAACUGGAUCCAUAGCAUGGAGGGUCCUCCUAGGUCCAAUUUUGUUUCUAAUGCUAUUAGUAAGGUGUCAGAUCUAAUUGAUAGCAGUACUAAAACUUGGAAGCUAGAUAUUUUAGAAGUUAUGUUUGAUGAUGCUACUAUUAGAUCCAUUCAAGAGAUUAGAAUUCCAAUGUCAGGAAAGGACAUUAUUAGAUGGAAACCAGCUAGUGAUGGCAUGUUCACUGAUGAAUCCCAACAACAUCUUUUUGUUGACUGCAAUAUCUUUAUAUUUGUUCUUGGUGUCAUUGAUUCUAACUGUGUGCAUGUGCUACAAGGGAAGAACAUUCAUGAAUGGAUUUCCUCUUGGUUUGAUAAUGAUAUUAGUAAUAGGCCUAAAAGUAUAGCUCAAUUUAAUUGCAUAUGCUUUACUAUGUGGCACAUUUGGAAAACUAGAUGCAAUGUGGUGUUUGAAGAUUCCAAGGUGAAGAUUGAGGAAAUAGUCAACAGUGUGAAAACUCAUAUUGCUGACUGGACAAGAAUUCAAAGUUCUUCAACAAAUAGCAGGAGUGAAAUAAGGGCCCCUCCUAGCCAAAAAAUCUGGAGGAAACCUGAUUUACAGUUUAUCGAAGUUAAUUUUGAUGCAGCAUGGUGUAAAUUUAAUAAUCUGACAGGAAUAAGUUUGAUUUGUCGAAACUUUACAGGUGCAAGCAAUGGAUCUAAGGGACAUUGCACAAAAGCCGUAGAUUCGGAACAAGCAGAAGCAUUGGCAGCUUUGGAAGCAAUAACUUUGGGAAAGGAGAAAGGUAUUUUGGAUCUUCAUCUAGAGGGUGACAGCCAAAGGGUGGUGAAUGCAAUCAAUGGGGAAAAAGGAGCAUUCAAGUAG